AUGUGCCUGCUGAUGCGCUCGGCGGACUGGCAGCGCAACCCGCUGGACGGCCGGACGCCCCUGGAGCGCGGCGGCGCGUGGGAGGCGCAGGCCGCCAUGCCGGGGCGGCGGCUGGCCGCCAAGAUCCGCGCGCGGCGCCUGGAGCGCGAGGCAGCGGGCUCAAACCUGGAGGGGCCCCUCAAGGAGUACAACCGGCGCCGCGGCAUCGUGUCAUCAGAGGGCGCCAGCGAGGACGGCGGCGGCGGCGGCGGUGGCGGCGGCGGCAAGCAGCAGGGGCGGGGCCGCGGCGGGGGCCGGGUGGAGUCGGCGCUGGUGGCGGAGGGCCCCGCGGCGGGCGGGCGCGGGCGGUGA